AUGCUGAAUCUCUCGCCGAGUAACAAUGGCAGCGGUACUAGGAUUUCCUACUGGGCCGAUGGACACACAAUUAUCGCUCUUCUCGAGGCAGGGGCUGAUCCUGUUACGACUGUCGAAGGGGAGAAUAUUCUAUCGCUGUGGCUGAACGGUGCACACCGGGCCUCGCCGUCUCCCGAGAGGUUCGACCAGGUUCUCAUCGCCAUUAUCAACCGGCUGCCAAACAUCAACACGAAAAUGGACUAUUAUGGUUUCGGUGUAUCCGAAAAGACGAUUCUACACAGGCUGGUCGAGGACCAGUUCUCGGACCCAAGCUAUGUCCGCCGCGUUUUGAGGAUAUUUCUAGACGCCGACAUUAACCGGCCGCUGAACAUUGACGGGCUGGAUAGCAGCGGAAGGACAUCCCUGCUGGCACUCCUAGACUGUAUAAACCGAUGGGAGCCCGUUCAAGACAACAUUCUGGAGACAGCCCGGGCCUUUAUAGAGGCAGGGGCUCGCUUAGAUUUCGUUUCUGCUAGCGGGGACUCAGCCCUAAGUUCUGUUAUUGACGCGGUCAAUUUUUCGCAAUCCCUUGAGGAAGGUCGGAUCACCGUAUCCAAUAUAGAGAAGGUGUUAACAUUGGAUCCAGGGGCAAAGUUGGUUGACCACCUCCCCGUGUCAGUGCUGGCGGAAGCUCUUUACCGCGGCCAUAUUCUGAUUGCAGCGGCCCUAUUGAGGCACAGAAUGAAGGAUUCCAUUAAUAGGGUUACUGGAAGUUCAACCUGGCUAGAAGGGGAUUUGUUCGACGACAAUCCACAUGCCCUCGCCACCGUUUCACAACAACUCGGCAAGCCCACAUUUAUCAGUGCUCGAGUCUCCGGCACGCACAGGCACGGCGCCAUCGGAACCCACAUCUCUGACCUGGCCUUCUGCGGUAUGGGGAGGACCCGUUUUUACGCAUGGAGCCGGAGUUUGGUAACGGCCUACCCGAUGCUUCCGCUCGCAGGUGUGAAACAAAGCUGCACAGGGAAGAACCACUGGGAAGAUGAAGAGGGGAAAGACACACUCUUUGAAUGGACCUGGACAGAACCACAGUCUGCCAGACCAGCAGAAACUGACGCUCCUUGCGAAUUUGCCAACCCCCUCAGGGAUCUCGAUCCCCUGCUCACGGCUAUGGAGAAACAACGAAAGUUCGAGCCCAUGGUCCUCAACCCGGGGUUUGACAGGCGGAGGGAUAUUGGGCGCUCACGGACAUCCUCGCUGCGAGGCCACUCCUGCCCUGGAACAGAGAGGCGCUGGUUGAGUGGACUUGAAGCAAUCAAGCGGCCGACAGUCAAGUACUAUGCCUACACCGUGCAAGAGCUCCAGACGACCGGAUGGCGGCGCGACUCUCUACCCGGCCUAAACACCGAUAUCACGGCCGAUCUAGCUUUCGAGAAACUCCAGGAUUAUGUUUUUUGCUCCGAUGGCGGUGGUUUGCCGGUGGGGGGGAGUCGGGUUCUGGAGAGAGUGGACGACGACACAGAAUCGCCCGACGAGUGGUGGCUGCAAGGAAUGCCUCGCCAUCAAGGGCGGGGGUAUUAUCCAUUAAUUUCACGUGCGCUCGACGAAAAGCUUGACUCUCUGGAGAGAUGGUACGCGAAGCCGAAAGACUUUGAUUUGGACACCGGCAUAGCCAUGGCCAAGCAGGCCAUCAUGUCUACCACAGGCGGGCAUCCACGCCGCGAAGAAUGGAUCGAGAAUCUUCGCGAGAAGUUCCAGCUGCAAGAUCUGCAGCGCCAUAUAGAUCUCCCUGAGGGGCUUGAUACGUGGUCUCAGGUAGAUCUACGAAGCAUUUACGAGCUGGAGAAGUCCAUCAAUGCACACAGGUAUGAUGCCUGGUCUGUCUCGGCUGGUUCUCCCCAUCGGUUCAGAUCAUUGACCUGCCUUGUCACACAUCUUGAAGCCCUGUACAAUCACACGGGCGAAAUGACUUUCCUGGAUGAGGCUGUAAGUACCGCGAGACAGGCGCUUGAGGAUAGUCUUGCAGAUGACUGGGAUAUGCUUGGAUUAUCCGACGAGGUGGACCGGUCACUCUAUCGGUCCAAUCUCGCUGCAUUACUUACGCUGCGGUAUAACCGAACAGCCGUUUCAGACUUGGAUCAAGCUAUAGAUAUGGCACGACAGUUCGUACGAGAAGUUGGCGCGCAGGACCAUUUCCGCGCGAAUUCCGUCUUGAGAAAGCUCGGUAUCAACCUUGAAAGACGAUACGAGCUGACGGGCCACAUCUCCUUUCUAAAUGAGGCUAUAGAAGUGGCGCAGCAGAUCUUGGAAGCCGAUCGAGAUGAGGAUGUAGACGAGGCAGACGCCCUACACGAUUUGCUAUCGAGGCUUUGGCGCCGAUAUCGCGCGGCUGGCAGUAGGUCCGACUGUGAAACGGCCUGGCAGUGUGCAACGCUCUUCCGGCACUCCAUGCUACGUGAAAUCAAGCCGCCUGCGACGGGAGGGUCGGCGAAGGACUCGGCAGAUUGUUCGACGGACGAUGCAACAGGGUAUUUAACAGAGGACUCGGCAGAGCUAGAGGGAAGCAGCACAGAAAGUGAUGAAUCUACAUCAGGGAGUAGAAAAUGA